AUGAAGGGGCUGAAGAAAGCCGUGCUGUCACGGACAAAGGCUGGAUCCGACGGCAAAGCCAAGCCGUCCAACUCGAAGCAGUCCAACUCGCCAUCGCCCGGUCCUUCGUCUCCUGGCCCCACAAGCGGCUCGAACAAUAAUGUGACGGCCUCUGCCCCAACGGGCGGCGCCCAGGACUCGGCCUCUUCUGGCAAUCCCGCUCCUCCUCUGGUGAUCAUCUCGGGUGCGCCUCAGCCACCACUCUACACGGAAAUGCCUGCCGACCCGAUCCCACACUCACCGCGCCAGUUUGGCUCGCCCGAUCGCGGACCGGACGGCCAGCCCACCCCUCCCAAGGCCAACCCGCUCAACCGUCUGCGUGGACCAAAGGACACGAUUCCCAUUGUUGGCAAGACGCCUCGCAAGCAACGUAGCUCGCGAUUCUACGUCACCGAACGCGUCGACAUUGAGAAGCUGCCUAACUUUAACGAGGUCCGUCCUGAGGAGCGCAACGACCUAUUCGUCCGCAAGCUCCAGCAAUGUAGAGUCGUGUUCGACUUUAACGACGCGAGCUCGGAGCUGCGUGGUAAGCAGGUCAAGGCGCAGACUCUACACGAGAUGCUUGAGUACAUCACUCAGCAGCGCGGCGUUAUCACUGAAAACAUUUACCCAGAGGUCGUCGGCAUGUUCUCAGCCAACUUGUUCCGCUCGAUUCCACCGCAGGUCAAUCCCACUGGCGACGCGUUCGACCCCGAGGAGGACGAGCCCGUGCUCGAGCUCGCGUGGCCACACCUCCAGAUAGUGUACGAGUUGUUCCUGCGCUUCGUUGAGAGCGCCGACUUCAACACCAACAUCGGCAAGAGGUACAUUGACCAGGCGUUUGUGCUGCAACUCUUGGAGCUCUUCGACUCGGAGGAUCCUCGGGAGCGUGACUUCCUCAAGACUACACUUCACCGCAUCUACGGCAAGUUCCUCAACCUCCGAGCCUUCAUCCGCCGCUCGAUCAACCACGUCUUCUUCCAAUUUGUUUACGAGACCGAGAGGCAUAAUGGCAUUGCCGAGCUGCUCGAGAUUCUGGGCUCGAUCAUCAACGGCUUUGCCCUCCCCCUCAAGGAGGAGCAUAAGAUCUUCCUCACGCGCGUGCUGCUCCCGCUGCACAAGGCCAAGUCGCUCGCGCUCUACCACCCCCAACUCGCGUACUGUGUUGUUCAGUUCCUGGAAAAGGAUCCCGCGCUGACCGAGGAGGUCAUCUUAGGCCUCCUGAGGUACUGGCCCAAGGUCAACUCACCCAAGGAGGUCAUGUACCUCAACGAGGUCGAGGAGAUUCUAGACGUCAUCGAGGGCGCCGAGUUUGCCAAGAUCAUGCAGCCUCUCUUCUCGCAGCUCGCGCGCUGCAUCAACUCUCAACACUUCCAGGUCGCAGAGCGUGCCCUCUACUACUGGAACAAUGAGUACAUUGUUAACCUCAUGGGCGAGCACAUUGCCAUCAUCCUCCCAAUCGUCUUCCCGGCGCUGUACCAGAACUCGAAACAACACUGGAACCGGACGAUCCACUCGAUGGUCUACAAUGCGCUCAAACUGUUUAUGGAGAUCAAUCCCGAGCUCUUUGACGAGGUGCAGCACAACUACAAGCGCGAGCGCAAGGAAGAGUAUGACCGCUCGGUUGCGCGCCAUGAGGAGUGGAUCGCUGUCCGUGAGCAGGCACUGGCCAACUACAAGGCGAGCGGAUCGACGCUGCCGCUUCCCGAACUUCUCUCCCGGUCGCCACCUCCGCGCCCCGAACCGUUUGAGGAAGAUGGCGACGGAUCGGUCGACCUGACAGCCAACGGGUUCGACGUCAGCGAGAGCUUUACGCUUGAGCGCUCGAUCGCCGACGACAUUGUGGCUGACCCGGGCAUUGAACAGCGGAGCCCCGAUUCGCCCGUCCUAAACGCGGCGGUCGCUCCUGGUGGCAGCCAGCCACAGACGCCCCCACACAUGAGGAGGAAGUCGGUGCUGCCGAUCGACCCCGCGGUAAUGCGGGAUCUCGAGGCCCACCGCAGCCUCGACAACGAGGGUGCUGCUGCGCAGACACAAUAG